AAGAGGUUUAUUGGAUGGAAGUGAAGAGAGAGAGAGAAGGAGUGAGGGAGACAUGAUAGAGGAAAGAGAGGGAGCGCCCCAACAGAGGAAGGGGAGAGGGCAAGAGAGGAGAGAGCGACAAAAUGGCGUGCUGGUCCUUUCAAGGAGCAACGUAACCACUUCUGCCAGGUGUGGCUAAAUGGCCAGGGACACAUGACGGCAUCAUAGGUUGCUAGGCAACUCAGAGGCAGGCUGCCUAAAUACUAACACACAUCACUGAAGCUUUCUGGAUCUGCAUCUCUUGAGAUGCUGCUGCUGCUUCGGAAAGUGCUCUCUUCCGUACGUUUCGGACGUAGGCAAUGAGCCAUCCCGCAGUGUCCUCGUCGUUUUCCAACUCCGACUCUUCAGAGUCAAAUCUGUCCAAGGAAUCCUUCCUCUUCAGAUCCAGCUCUGGACUCUGUACAAGCGUUCUGCUCGGACUCCCUUCUCUUGAGCUCAUUAGCGAGAAUCUCAGGUGCUGUGAUGAGCGAAUCAGCUGACGCGGCGGAGAGUGCGCUCCUUCGCGCCUUACCCACACAGUUGAACAAAAGAGGCAGCCCCCGCUUCUCGUAGCCUGCACUUCCGGUCUCGGCCUUCGUCCCGCCCACCACAUCCUUUUUCCCACCAUGCCUUGCGGUCGGUGAAGCGCGGGCGGGGCGUGUUACCCAGCAGCCCGCGCGGAGUCUCUUCGGGCCUCUCCACGCCGUGGUCCCUUCGGUGGUGGCCGCCGUCUGGCCUCGUAGCGGAGCCGUCGGGAGUCUGCGGUGUUAGUGAGUUUGGCCUGGUUCCCUGAAGAUGGAAGGCCCUCUGUCCGUGUUCGGGGACCGCAGCACUGGGGAGGCGAUCCGCUCCCAGAACGUUAUGGCUGCAGCUUCUAUUGCCAACAUUGUUAAAAGCUCCCUUGGCCCAGUUGGCUUAGAUAAAAUGUUGGUGGAUGAUAUCGGUGACGUGACCAUUACUAAUGAUGGUGCCACCAUCCUGAAGUUACUGGAGGUAGAACAUCCCGCCGCCAAAGUUCUGUGUGAGCUGGCCGACCUGCAAGACAAAGAAGUUGGAGAUGGAACUACCUCAGUGGUAAUCAUUGCAGCGGAACUUCUGAAAAACGCAGAUGAGCUAGUCAAACAGAAAAUUCAUCCAACAUCAGUUAUUAGUGGCUAUCGACUUGCCUGCAAGGAAGCGGUGCGCUAUAUCAGUGAGAACCUAAUUAUUAACACAGAUGAACUUGGAAGAGACUGUCUGAUCAAUGCUGCUAAGACAUCCAUGUCUUCCAAAAUUAUUGGAAUAAACGCCGAUUUCUUCGCUAACAUGGUAGUAGACGCUGUGCUUGCUGUUAAAUACACAGAUACGAAAGGCCAGCCUCGCUAUCCAGUCAAUUCUGUUAAUAUUUUGAAAGCCCACGGGAGAAGUCAGAUAGAAAGCAUGCUGAUUAAUGGCUAUGCACUCAAUUGUGUAGUUGGAUCUCAGGGCAUGCCCAAAAGAAUAGUUAAUGCAAAAAUUGCUUGUCUUGACUUCAGCCUGCAGAAAACAAAAAUGAAGCUUGGUGUACAGGUGGUUAUUACAGAUCCUGAGAAAUUAGACCAAAUUAGACAGAGAGAAUCAGAUAUCACCAAGGAAAGAAUUCAGAAGAUCCUGGCGACUGGUGCCAAUGUUAUUCUAACCACUGGUGGAAUUGAUGACAUGUGUCUGAAGUAUUUUGUGGAGGCUGGUGCCAUGGCUGUUAGGAGAGUUUUAAAAAGGGACCUCAAGCGCAUCGCUAAGGCUUCUGGAGCAACUAUUCUCUCCACACUGGCCAAUUUGGAAGGUGAAGAGACUUUUGAAUCUACAAUGUUGGGACAAGCCGAAGAGGUGGUACAGGAGAGAAUUUGUGAUGAUGAGCUGAUCUUAAUCAAAAAUACUAAGGCUCGUACAUCUGCAUCAAUUAUCUUACGAGGAGCAAAUGAUUUCAUGUGUGAUGAGAUGGAGCGCUCUCUACAUGAUGCUCUUUGUGUAGUGAAGAGAGUUCUGGAGUCCAAGUCUGUGGUUCCAGGUGGAGGUGCUGUGGAAGCUGCACUGUCCAUAUACCUUGAAAACUAUGCAACCAGUAUGGGAUCUCGGGAGCAGCUUGCUAUUGCAGAGUUUGCAAGAUCUCUUCUUGUUAUUCCUAAUACACUGGCAGUGAAUGCUGCCCAAGAUUCCACUGACCUGGUUGCCAAGUUACGAGCUUUUCACAAUGAGGCUCAAGUUAACCCAGAACGUAAAAAUCUGAAGUGGAUUGGUCUUGAUUUGAUCAAUGGGAAACCACGAGACAACAAGCAAGCAGGGGUGUUUGAACCAACCAUAGUUAAAGUGAAGAGCCUAAAAUUUGCAACAGAAGCUGCAAUCACCAUUCUUCGAAUUGAUGAUCUGAUAAAAUUACACCCAGAAAGCAAAGACGAUAAACAUGGAAAUUAUGAAAAUGCUGUCCACUCUGGAGCUCUUGAUGACUGAUUGGAUUUCCCUUUUAUUUAUAACAGUGUCAGGUGCGAGGCCUUGGGUAUCUCACAUUAAAGUACAGCAAGCUGUG